UAAUAAGACAUACAUUUGCAGUAUAAACACAUUUCUUUUUAUAUAAAAUAAAAAGUUACCGAGCUCAAAAGCUAAUGCGUUGCGGGAAUUAUGUAUUGUUUAUCAGCGUUUGUUUAGUGUCAUACGAUCUGCGUAACAUCCUUAAGGAGGCGCUAGUGUAAUAUUAUUAUUUAAAGUACAUAAAUGAAUAAAUAAGAAAUACAUGACAGCGGGUGGUCUGAAGCCUGCAUUAAUGCGCUUGGCGUUUUCCAAGUUGACUGCAGCUCGCUCAGAGCCACUGGAGGCAGUCGAACAUCACACCUCGAGCUCAACAGGAGGAGAGGAGGACAACAGCAAAGUCUGUACACAUACAAACAGCCCCAAGUCCGCGCUUACUUCAACACUGGGAUCUCUCAGCGUUCAUGGAUACUCCCACCUUGGCAUGUCAUUUCCACGGCAUCUUCAAACAUGAAACGCGCAUAGACUUGAAAUCGCUUCUCCCGCGCGCAGACAAGGACAGAGAGAAGAGACGUGCGUACUGUCCAAACUAACUGCAAAGACGCAGGAUGGCUAAAGAAAUCAGAGGGAAAGCGACCCUCCGCAAGCUCAGCGCUUCUCACUGGCGCAUGCAGAACAUCGCCCAGGAAUCUGUUGACAGCUCAGAUGAUGAGUUUUUUGAUGCCCGGGAGGUGCUGGAGGGGAAGACGGCCAUGCUUUUGGGGAUGAGUCAGUGGAACUCUAAUGAUCUCGUUGAACAGAUAGAAACCCUGGGCCACAUCGACCAGACGCAGGAGAGUCUGUACCGUGUAAGGAGGCCGAAAUGCAUCCCUCAGACUAGCAUUGACGGCCUAGAGGAAGCUGAGAACAAAUGUCAAACGCAUGUGCUGGUGUUGGUGGUUCAUGGGGGAAACAUACUGGACUUAGCGGGCGGAGAGCCAGGCGCGAAGAAUGCAGAUGUAAACACCUUGUCCUCAGUGCUGGAGAAAGUAUCUCAAGCACAUUUCCAAGCUGCAGCUCAGCAUGUCGUCAUCAAGUUGGUGCCGUGCCCAGCUGUAUGCGCAGAGGCAUUUUGCCUUGUGUCAAAUCUGAACCCAUACAGCUAUGAUGAGAGUUGCGUGUCCAGCAGCGUAGACCAUCUACCUUUGGCCGCUUUACCAUUACUCGCCAUAGCUGCUCCACACUACCAAGAUGCUGUCGCAACCGUGAUUGCCCGGGCCAACCAGGUGUACCACGGCUUUCUGCAGUCGCCAGAAGGACAGGGCUUCACGGGGCAGGUGUGUUUGUUAGGUGACUGUGUGGGAGGUGUGCUGUGUUUCGACGCUCUCUGUUUCAGCAACAGCCCACGACACAGUAGCCCCAUCCAUAGCAGCCGACAUAACAGCACAGAGAGCUUAAAGGAUAACCCUGAGGUCAAUCCGAGUCUGAGCUCCAGCAAGCGUCUUAGCAGGAGCAACAUUGACUUGUCUGGCCCCAGUGAGACCCGCAACAGGAAAACUCCACUCAGCCGCAAACAGAGCGACUCGUAUGAUGGAGACUCCUCUGGCAGCCAGCACCACCCGUUCCUCAGCAGUUUGAUACAGGAUGGAACAGACCUGAGACCAAGCAGCAGCACCAGUCUAGUGUUGAAUCCAGGUCGCUUUGACUUUGAGGUGUCGGAUUGUUUUUUGCUGGGUUGUCCUCUUGGAUUAGUGCUUGCUAUGAGACGCACUGUGCUUCCAGCUGUCCAGGUGUCUCAGCUCCGGCCUGCAUGUUCACAGAUCUUCAACCUGUUUUAUCCCUCUGACCCGUCGGCCUCUCGACUGGAGCCGUUGCUGCACUCUCAAUUCCACAAACUGCCUCCGUUCGCUGUGCCCCGCUACCAGCGUUAUCCUUUGGGAGACGGCCGUUCUAACCUUAUCGUCGAUGAAAUCCACAGCUACCCUGACGUGUUCCUGCCCGGUAGCACUGUUCCGGUGGGUGCUUCGCACUCCUCCUCUCCCCAGACGGAGCACAGCACAGGUGGGCGGGUGGGCGGCGAGGUCCGCAGGUCCAGUUUGACCAGCAUGGACAGCCAGUUAUCGGGCUGCUGGGAGAGCAGGCUGAGCAGCACCGUCGCCAACAUUUCUAGCAGCUGGUGGGGGUCUAAGCGGUUGGAUUACGCGCUGUACUGUCCGGAUGUCCUGACAGCAUUCCCUACAGUGGCUCUGCCUCAUCUAUUCCACGCUUCGUAUUGGGAAUCCACCGAUGUGGUUGCCUUCCUUCUGCGACAGGUGAUGCACUGUGACUAUGUGAAAGCCCAGGAGAUGGACAACUCUGACUCCGCCCCCUUCUCACCUUCAAGUCCAAGGGAGAAGUGGCUCCGCAGACGCACACACGUCAAGCUUAGGAAUGUCACGGCCAACCACAGAGUCAAUGAUGUCAUCGCAACCGAAGACGGGCAUCAGACCCUGGUUGGUCGCUUCAUGUACGGUCCGCUGGAUAUGGUGACCCUGACUGGGGAAAAGGUCGAUGUGUACGUGAUGACCCAGCCACAGUCGGGUCGGUGGGAGCACUUAGACACCGAGGUGACCAACAGCAGUGGCAGAGUGACCUACACCAUCCCCAAAAGCAAAAAGUUGGCCGUGGGGGUCUACCCAAUUAAAAUGGUCGUCAAGGGUGACCAGACGAGCGCAGAGGCCUUCCUGACGGUGUUGCCGCGGGGGAUGGAGUGUGUCGUCUUUAGCAUUGACGGUUCAUUUGCCGCUAGCGUCUCUAUUAUGGGCAGCGACCCUAAAGUACGGCCCGGAGCUGUGGAUGUGGUCAGACACUGGCAGGACCUGGGCUACCUGAUCAUUUACAUCACUGGCCGUCCAGACAUGCAGAAGCAAAGGGUUGUAUCCUGGCUGUCUCAACACAACUUCCCCCAGGGGAUGAUCUUUUUCUCGGAAGGGUUGGUGCACGACCCUCUUCGCCAGAAAACCAUCUUCCUCAGGAACUUGGUGCAAGACUGUCACAUUAAAAUCAACUGUGCCUACGGUUCCAUGAAGGACAUUUCCGUCUACAGCAUGCUGGGCCUCAACCCCAACCAGAUAUAUAUAGUGGGACGACCCUCUAAGAAGUACCAGAACCAGUGCCAGUUCCUGAGCGAGGGCUAUGCAGCACAUCUCUCCUCCCUGCAGUUCAGUCACAGAGCCCGGCCCAAGAAGAGCUCCUCGGUGCGAAUGGUUUUGCGAAAGGGCUCAUUUGGGCUGUCAGCCAAACCGGAUUUUCUGUGUAAGAGGACACACCUUCGCCGCACCAUGUCGGUGCAGCAGCCUGAGCCACCCAUGACACCCAAUCCUAAACCGGAGCGAGCUCAGAGCCAGCCCGAGUCGGACAAGGAUCACGGUGGUGGAGGGGCUCCAGGCCAUGCCAUGUGGGCACGGGGGUCCAUGCACCGUGGCGACACCACUCCCUGACCCAAGAGAAACAUAGGAGGGAUGGAAAAAGGACAGAUGGUAGUGAUCUCUCGGUGGACUGAGCCCAGCAUCUUUACUCCUUCUGCUGAUGUUACACCAUAAUAAAGACAAAUCCCACGUGAGCUGAUAAAAACUCCUCAGUGAAGUGCCGUCUGCACGGAUCUGAUACAGCAACGCACAAACUCUGUCCUGAUGCUUUGUUUCAGCAGCAGGAGCAGAGGAGAACUGUUUCGAAAUUCAGUUUCAUCCGCUUCGGAGAUGUAACUUCUGGAUUUAUUUAGCAUCGUACGAAGGAUUCCUCACCACCCAUCAGGAACAAAGAGGAUAUCUAAGAUCCUUAGAGAAAACAUCAAAUUUCCUCACGUCUAAGCAAUACGGAGGAAGAGGGAGGGUGAGCGUCCCGCUGCUCGGACAGGUGGCUGCGCUGACUCCUGCAAUAAUCCCUCUGUUUUAAUAUUGCAGGCAUUUGUCUGCUCUCUGGGCGGCUGUCUAUGGCCCGCUUGUGGCCAGACUGACUUGCAAACUGUACAUUAACCUUUUGUGCCAGUGUGGCGACCCGGCCUGAACUUUCGUCGCCCCUGUCUCUGUUUAGUCGCUCAGCCAGAACAGAGUCUGACAGCGACGGCCAAAGCUACUGAACUCCGCCCACUCCUCUGCCGGGUCACGCCGCAACUCGCAGCUCUGGUACACUGCAGAAGCAUAUUUACAACCAUCGGUGGUUCUUCUUGUGCCUGUCUCUCACUCGUGUUGUAAAUAUACAAUAGGUGGCACUGAGGCGAACUGAGUGUGUAUGAUGUAUUUGUGUGUGGCAAUAGCUGAAUUCAGCAGUUUCUUAAUUGGUAUUUUUGUCUCAUUUUACAGUAAAAAUAUUUAAACAUCCUUAAAACAAGAUAAAUUUACUUGAAGCAUAAGAAUUGUUUUCGGACAGUAUAUCUUGGGAAUAAAUAAAGAAAACUGCAAGAUUAUAGCAAUAGUGUAAAAUGCUAAUGCAGGGAUGCAUUAAAUUGAUCAAAAGUGAUAGCAGAGACUUUUAAAUUGGUACAGAUUAUUUUUGUUUCAAAUAAAAUUGUUCUUUUGAACUUUCCAUUUGUCAAAUCCUGAAAAAAAAAACAUGCAUUAUGGUUUCCACAAAAUUUUAAGCAACAUUGAUAGUAUAAAGGAAUGUUUUUUGAGCUCCAAAUCAGCAUAUUAGAAUGAUUUCUGAAAUGUAAAAAAAAAAAAACUUAUUAAAAAUUCUUUUAAAAAAAUAACUACCUGUCAAAAGUUUUUGAACAGUAAGAUUUUAAUGUUUUUAAAGAAGUCUCUUCUGCUCAAGGCCUGUAUUUAUUUCAUCCACAGUACAGCAAACACAGUAAAAUGUUGAAAUGUUUUUACUAUUUCAAGUAACUGUUUCCUAUUUGAAUAUAUAUUAAAAUGUAAUUUAUUUCCUGUGAUCAAAGCUAAAUUUUCAGCAUCAUUACUCUAGUCUUCAGUGUCACAUGAUCCUUCAGAAAUCAUUCUAAUAUGCUUUUUAUUAUAUUGAAAAUAAAUUUUAGAAACUAAUACUUUUAUUUAGCAAGGAUGCUUUAUAAUUGACCAAACGUGAUGAUAAAGACAUUAAUAAUGUUACAAAAUAUUUCUAUUUCAGAUAAAUGCUGAACAUUCUAUUCAUCAAAGAAACCUGAAAAAAUUCUAUUCAGCUGUUUUAAACAAUAUUAGAAUGAUUUCUGAAGGAUCAUGUGACUGGAGUAAUUAUGCUAAAAAUUCAGCUUUGAAAUCACGGGGAAAAAAUCCAUUUUAAAAUGCAUUUAAAUAGAAUACAGCUCUGGUGGAAAUAUUUCAAAUUUUACUGUUUUUUCUGGACUUUGGAUCAAAUAAAUGCAGGCUUGGUAAGUAGAAAAGAUUUAGAGAAAUCUUACAGUGCAAAAACUUUUGACUGCAUAUUACUGUUUUAUUGUAUUUUUGAUCAAACAAAUGCAUAUUUGAUGAGUAUGAUGGCUCUUUCAUAAACAUUAUAAAACCUUACUGACCCCAAACUGUUCGAACAGUAGUGUAUAAAUUAAAUAUAUACUCUUUCAAUGCAUACCUAUUUAUUUUGCUUCUCAAGUAAAUUUAUCUUUUUUAAGAAUGCUCGGAUAUUUUGACUGCAGACCAAGAUUUAAAAAUCUGAUUAAGAAAAUAACUUUUACAUAGCACACAUUAAAUGGCCAAAUAAACAUUUUAAAUUUGUAUUGUGAAGUGACUGUGGUUGUCAAGAUGUCGUCAUCGUGUCACAUUUUUGGUUUUAUCGGUACGACAGCUUGCGCAAACACAACACGUUGAUAUUGUUUACAUGUAAAUCCAUCUCACGAAGUACGAUGGUCUUGUUAAAGAACAUACUAUAUUAGUAUUUUAAACUAUACUUGAGGACAACCUUGAUGUUACAAUAAACAAAUGUAAAUAAACAGCUGUGUUUGAACAAAAGACACUGUCAGGCCACUAUAAUGCUGUUGUCACCAUGACUCGGUAGUUCUUGUAAUGUCACAUUUUCCUAUCGUAGUUACUGAUUUUGGUAUUUUGUAUGAGGCUGUCUAUUAAAAACUGCAAUUUCACAGCGAAAGUAUUUAUGUAAUCUUAUUUUGUUGUAUAUUUAACUGUAAAUCUUUAUAUAACACUAGAGGCCGUGUGAAAGUGGGUAGGCAUGAGUGUUUUGGUCGUGUGGGUCUGUAUCUGUGUGCGCAUGUCUGUUACGUGAGUGUUAGUUUGGGGAUUUUUGUAUUUAUUGUACAUAUUUUUAAUUCAGAGAUCGUGCUAGUGGCCUUUUGAUCCUCUGAUAGUUACUGAGCCUGUAAUUUGUGGAGAUUUUAUAGGCAGACUUUUUAAUUCUUUCGUGUGUGAUCAUUGCUGAAUUGUCAAUAUAUAUGAACGUGUUUUCAGCCUUAUCGAGAUGUAUAUUUAUUUGUCUAAUAUCUAUAUUCUCAGAUGGUGUGUGAAAAAGUAUAUUUGUAUUUUAAAAACAUGUAAAGUACAUAUUCAAUACACAAUUGUGUCAGUGGCCUCCGAUAACAGGCCUCUUGACAAACAUGUAUUAUUGUGGUAUUUGGUCCAGUCAGUCUGUUUCAGUGGAUGUGCUUCUGUUGGGCCUUUACCGAGCUGUAUACUCACUCUUCAAUAAACCAUUAGAAAUCCUGCUUGAUA